AUUUGCCAAGUAUUUCCACAGAAUCCUGCCAGAUGACGACCCUUCACAGUCCCAUCUACCCCUAGGGCUUCCUUGCUCUCCUGGGUUUGCUAGGAACCUCCUGGAAUCUUCUGGGAUAUUCUCCACUACUGACCAAAGGCUGAAACAGAUUUGCUCCUGUUUGCGGGUCUACUAAUGGAUUGAGAGGGACCCUAGAGAACAUCUAGUCCAACCCUCCUCCUCCAAUGUUACAUCCCAAGAAACAGGCCCAGGAUCACAGAGCCAGGUCCCCCAGCCCCUUUCAGCCCAGUGUCAGCCUCUCAUCUUCAGCAACUGUGCAGACAUCAUUGAGAAAAUUCCCCUUCCUAAAAGAUAAAGUGGUCCUGUCCUCAAGGAGUGAGCACUUUCUUUGACUCUUUAUCUCUGGAACUUUCCUGGUCAUGCAGUUGCUAAUGAGAUCCCAGGUGCUCCGAGGACUUUGGAUUCCCUGGCCAAUCUGUGGUUCCCUUCACCCUCAUCGUAGGCACCUCCUUGCCCGGCCUUUCUCAAGGACAGAGACACCACAAUGGGGAGACUAUGAAAUCCCCAAGGAAUUUAAUUUUGCCAGUGAUGUGAUGGAUCACUGGGCACGUAUGGAGAAGGAGGGCAAAAGAGACCCAUUAAUCCCUGCCCUGUGGUGGGUGAAUGACAAAGGGGAUGAAGUGAAAUGGAACUUCCAGGAACUGGGUGACUUGACCCGACAGGCAGCCAAUGUUUUAACGGAGAACUGCGGCCUGCAGCGGGGAGACCGGCUACUUCUGAUCCUGCCCCGGAUUCCUGACUUGUGGCUGCUGACAGUGGGCUGUAUUCGGGCAGGUGUUGUCCUCCUACCUGGAACGAUCCAGUUGACAGCCAGAGACAUCUUGUAUCGGCUGCAGUCAUCAAAAGCCAAAUGCAUUGUGACCAAUGAAACCUCAGCCCUGGCCGUGGAUUCUGUGGCAUCUGACUGCCCCCAGCUGAAAACCAAGCUUCUAGUAUCCGAGAAGAGCCUUGACGGGUGGCUGGACUUUAAGACGCUGCUUAAAGCCGCAUCUGUGGACCACACUUGUGUAAAGACAAAAAUGCAAGAGCCUAUGACUAUCUUCUUCACCAGUGGAACUACAGGCACACCCAAAAUGGUCCUGCAUACCCCUGGGCUUGCACUGAGAUCAUGUCUCCCAUCCACCAGGCAAGUCCUGAAACUUACAAGUUCUGAUAUCUCAUGGUGCCUGUCAGACCCUGGCUGGAUUUUAUCCUUUGUGGCGUCAGUACUAGAACCUUGGAGCUCAGGAACCUGCAGCUUCAUCCAUCAAAUGCCCCAGUUCAAACCUGAGGCCAUUCUAAAGACUCUCUCCAGAUACCCCAUCACUUACAUGACAGCUGCACCAUCCGUAUAUCGAAUGCUUCUACAAUUGGAUGUUUCCAGUUACAAGUUCCCAACCUUGAAGCAUGCCGCCACUGGUGGUGAUGCACUGUUGCCUGAAGAUUUUGAGAAGUGGAAAAAAGCAACAGGCUUGGCUAUCCAUGAAAUAUAUGGACAGUCAGAAACGGGACUAACUUGUGCAGUGCCCAGGGGAAUAAAGAUCAAGAAAGGCUCCAUGGGGAUAGCUAUUCCACCCUUUGACAUGCAGAUCAUAGAUGAGAAAGGCAAUACCCUUCCCCCAGGGAUAGAAGGGGAAAUGGCCAUCAGGAUCAAACCUACAAGACCCAUCUGCCUAUUCUCUGGCUACGUGGACAAUCCAGAGAAGACUUCCUCAUCAGAACGUGGUGACUUUUAUAUCACAGGUGACAGAGGCACUAUAGAUGAAGACGGCUAUAUAUGGUACCUCGGUCGAGAUGAUGACAUCAUUAAAGCUUCAGGGUACCGGAUUGGUCCCUCUGAAGUUGAAAAUGCUCUGGCAGAACACCCAGCUGUGGCAGAAUCAGCAGUCGUUGGCAGCCAAGACCCACUCCGAGGAGAGGUGGUGAAGGCAUUUGUGGUGCUGACCCCGGAGUUCAGGUCCCAUGACCCUGACAAGCUGGCUCAGGAGCUGCAGCAGCACGUUAAGAAGAUUACUGCCCCCUACAAGUACCCCAGGAAGGGACCGCUCUGUGCUGCAUCCAAAAGAAUGAAAGUAAAGCUGGGUUCUCUAGGGAAACCAUGUCUGCCUUACAAUGUUCAGGUGGGCAAUUCUAAUGAGAAGAAAAUCCUGAUAUACCUGCUUAAAGUAAGAUGCACCCCAACAUUCUUGGGGUCUAUCCUGAAUCAUCACCAAUGGCCACACAGAAGGUCUAAGGGAAUUCUUCCACAUCUGAACCAUGCUCUCCCAACUCUGGCCUCAACAACUGCACCCUGUUUGCCUCAGUUGCCUCAUCUGUAGAAUGAGCUGGAGAAGGAAAUGGCAAACCACUCCAG